AUCAUGGACGCGCCUUCUCCAUCCUGCAGCCCUCGCUGAUGAUCAGCCUCGGAAUUCGGACAAUCACUCCUCCAGUCGCCCUCCUCCGGACGUCUCAAUGGGGCCGCGUGGUCCGUGGGUGCUGUUGGCGGUGCUGGGAUGCUGUGUGGCGCUUGGGCCCGGCAAACAAGAAGAAGAGGAUUAUGAAGAUGUGCCCAUAAAUAAGACCUGGGUCUUGUCUCCGAAGGUCUACGAAAGUGAUGUGACCAUGAUACUAAAUAAACUUCUACAAGGUUACGACAACAAGCUACGACCUGACAUUGGUGUGAGGCCGACUGUGAUUGAAACAGCCGUGUACAUCAACAGCAUUGGACCAGUGGACCCCAUAAACAUGGAAUACACGAUAGAUAUAUUCUUUGCCCAGACAUGGUAUGACAGCAGACUGAAGUUCAACAGCUCAAUGAAACUACUCAUGCUCAACAGUAACAUGGUAGGCAAAAUCUGGAUUCCCGACACAUUCUUCCGGAAUUCCAGGAAAUCCGACGCACACUGGAUCACCACACCCAACCGUCUACUGAGGCUGUGGAGCAAUGGGAGAGUGAUGUACACGCUGAGGUUGACUAUUAAUGCGGAGUGUUACCUUAAGCUGCAUAACUUUCCAAUGGAUGAGCACUCGUGUCCACUGGAGUUUUCAAGCUACGGUUACCCUCGGAAUGAAAUCUUGUAUCGAUGGCAAAGGCGAGCGGUGGAAGUGGCCGACCAGCGUUAUUGGAGACUCUACCAGUUUGCCUUUGUAGGGAUGAGAAAUACCUCGGAUGUGGCGCACACCCAGUCAGGAGAAUAUGUCGUCAUGACUAUCUUUUUUGACUUGAGUCGGAGAAUGGGCUACUUCACCAUCCAGACCUAUAUACCUUGCAGUAUGAUUGUGGUCUUGUCCUGGGUCUCCUUCUGGAUCAACAAGGAUGCUGUCCCCGCUCGCACAUCUCUAGGCAUCACCACCGUGCUCACCAUGACAACCCUGAGCACCAUCUCCAGGAAGUCCUUGCCCAAGGUGUCCUACGUCACCGCCAUGGACUUGUUUGUCUCCGUCUGUUUCAUCUUCACCUUUGCCGCCCUGAUGGAGUACGGAACCCUGCAUUACUUCACCAGCAACAGGCAGACCAAGAAGGCUAAAGCCAACAACCAAACGCAACACAACACCACCAGCAUGGUGAGACUCCACGGGGGAACGUCGCUGCUGCAGAUGAACGACAUCAUGCGCUACCACGAGGAGGACGACGACCACGCCUACGAGUGUUUGGACGGGAAAGACUGCGCCGGUUUCUUCUGCUGCUUCGACGACUGCCGCUCAGGUGCCUGGCGGGAGAACAGGAUGCAUGUACGCGUGUCCAAGAUCGACUCCUACUCGCGGAUAUUCUUCCCCACCGCCUUUGGCCUUUUCAACGUGGUUUACUGGAUAGGUUAUCUCUACCUGUGAAGCCCGGGGUUGCUGGUUUUGUUUUUAUACCGCAGCAUUUU